CGUUAAAAGGAUCGCAUAAACAACUCAUCGCCAUUUAUAAAGACGGAGAAGUAGUCGGGAAUCGCCAACUCCCAGUGUUUCUAGUUCUGCACACACCCACACACGAUCAUUCUCUCUAGCUUCUUCCCUACCAAUCCCCCGAUCGUUUUCCUCUUCGACAGGAACAAUCUCUCGUCUAUCUCUUUCUUGUUCCUUUGCGAGCUUCACGAGAAUUAUCUUCCCAAUUAGACAAAAGACGGAGUGGUUGUGAGUUGAGGAAGACAGAAGAGGAAGAAGAAGAAAGGCUGUCUGAACACGUUUAGGCCGGCCCAUCUCUUGGAUUAAGGUGGCUCUGAAAUUUUUCAACCAACUGAUCUUGGAGCAGUUGAAGAAUUUCUUUUCUUUUGUUGGUACUGAAUAGCGAUUAAUUGACCCAUUCGGCACGCCACGGUGACUCUGUACACCACCUCUCUUUGGCCUUUGCCUUUUUCUUCACCCACUUUCUUUCCUCGAAAGUGACGGAUAUGGCGGACAAUCCAAAGUUGGUUUGUGGCUCAGAAGAGAAUAUGGGUAGCCAGAAAAUCUCGGUUUCGGAUCAUAUGAACGGCUUUCAGUAUAAGGCCGAUAAUUCCGAUAGCUUAGUUAUUGACAUGGAGAGCUUCUCCCGCAGCACCAUUAAUAAAGAUAUUACUGCGAAUUCACGAAUUACUUUGCAGAGAAACCCUUCACGAAAAGGGUCUCUGCGUGGCGGCGAGAAAAAGACUAGUGCUACUGCUACUGCGACUGCUUCUGCUAACGAUAGAGAUACUAAUGUCGCUACAUCCUCACCCAGAGGGUCUAGCACGCCUGAAAAGUCUGCGCUGGUGGCAGUAGGGACCAUGGAUAAUUCGAGCAACCCACAAGUUCAUCAUCAGAUUACCAUCACCACCGGCAACAUCACAACUCCCACCGAAAGCAGAUGCAUUUCUAGGAGAAAUAGUUUCAGGCGCUCUCCAUGGGUACUUGAUCCCAAGAAGAUUCUCUUCUUAUUUGCCACCUUGUCAAGCAUGGGAACAAUCUUAUUGAUAUACUUCACCCUUUCAAUUGGCAAGCCCAAUUCAGAUGGAGAUGUUUUGGAUUGGCAACAGCGACCAUAGACACAGCCUUCAGAGAGAAUAUUGAUAUAUACUGGCAGCCGAAUGAUCAGGAGAUAAACAGAAGUGGGCAUUCGAUUAACAUGGCUUCAGAGUUGGCAGUGGUAAGCUUUUUCUCCAGGCGUUUAAAAAAAAUUUACAGACGAAGACAAUGGCAUACUGCAUUGUGACAAAGAAAAAGAAUCUUCCUUUUAGUAUGAGUACCGGCAGAGAUCAAAGCAAAUGAGUUUUUUCUUUUGUAUAUUUGCUGUCUCUGUACAGCUUAGUGGAUGAUUAGAAGUUACUUUUUGCUCGCUUUCUUGCUCUUUUUUCCUUCCCAUACCUUCGGUUCCAUUUGCUCUUUAGAACAGGCCCCUUUUGUUGUA